AUUUGCUACUUUUUGGUCACGUGAUUCUACAUCCCGCUCGGUAAUUGUUGCUGUUUGGCAGCUAUGACAACAAACUUUCAAAGUUAGAUGGAUGGCCGCAAAGAAGAAGAAGAUGUCCUCCUCCAAAAGGCAUCAGAAAUCUCUGAAAUGUACCGUAUUUCUGGACAUUCAGGCAGUUACGUGUCCAGGAGUGGUUCUGCACAAGAGGAAUGACAUCUACCUCAGUGUGUGCAUAAUGGGCCAGCACAGGAAGACCCAGUGUUUACCCCCUGUAUUCCCUCUACUGUUCCACCACAAAAUGGUUUUUGUUAAGACUUUCUCUGGCAUUGUUGACCCUGCUGAUGUAGCUGACCUCCUCGAAGCUGACACAACAUCUUUUGAGCUGAUUCAGUUGGUCCCUCCAGAAGGUGAGAUCUUAGCCACAAUGAAGGAAUGCAGCAGAGAUUUCCUGUACCCUUUUACCAGACUGAGAGCCAGAGCAGGUGGUGCAGAGAGAGAAAUACUGAUGAAAAAAUCCACCUCCUUUCUUGGAAUCUCCCCUAAAGUGGAGUUUGCCACGACAUCAGUCAUAGAGGAGAGUGAUGGGAGAGACAGUUGGUCUGCUUCACCUACCUGCUCUCUUUCUCCGGUGAGGCCAUCUUUAACUCCAACCAGACAGAGUUCAACAAAAAAGUCCUUACCGGCCAGAGGGCAAUUUUCCAAGACAGAUAACGGAAACUGUGCUGCCUGGAAAGAUGGGAAGGAAAAGCCUAAUAUUAGGGCUAGAAUCCCAAACUCUGGGCUCUCAUCUACAUCCAGGCCUUCCCAUCUUUCAUCUUCCUCUGGCUCUACUUUUCAACAAAGCAAGAAGGGAAGAAAAAACACAGUAACUAAAGUUUCUGUCGACUCUGGCUAUCAACAGCCCACAGUUUCCUCAAGGACACGAGCCCUGUCCCCGUACACACACCGCAAGAUGUGCCAGCUCUCUGAGGACGCCAGUCAAAGGCUCAGCCAUCUCCAUCUGGGGCCUCACCACUUUAGGAAGGAAACUGAAAGCCAGCAACCCUUCUUGGUGUCCCUUAGCAGUAAUGCAUCUGGGAUGGGAACACCUUCCUUCACUUCUCUAAAUGACAGCAUGGAUCGACGCUCUGUCAGCUUCUCCGUGGGUCACACAGAUGCUUCUCUCCAUGGAAGUUGCAGAGCAAGAACAACAAAAGUGGAAUCAACUUUAGCGGAAGGCCGGUCCUUUCUAGAGACACCAUCCAGACAUGAAGCCCAGAUCAGAAGUCCUGUGAAACGUUCUGCCUCAGCUCAGUCCAGCCUGGAUGCGUCCAACUCCAGAAGCCAUUUGAAUGUCGGAAGUCUUUCCCUCAAAGAAAGACUUCAGACUCAUCCAUCCUACUGGGAGCAGAUCCACAGCCGAGUCCAGAGGAUUCUUCAGACACACAGACCACUGGGCACCACCCUUUGACCUUUAACCCACUGGAAUGACUAACAGGUAAUUUCAAACUAGUGAAUGAAGAGGAUCAGGAGAAUCGUGGAGCUAUGAUCAAGACUGUCUCACAUAAUUGUAAUUGUUACCCGAGUCCUUGUCAUGUAACUUUUAAAUGUCAUAAAUACCUAAAAGACUUCCAAAAAUGACACACUGCUGUAUCCUCGCUUAGCUCAUACAGCAAGUUUGCUUUCUCCUUUGGUGCAUUAUAAGAACUGACACAUUCUUCAAAAUACUUGGUCAGAAUUGAUUUAUGGUGCACAGGCUGGAGAAUAAAGGAAAAAGAAGAUAAAAGAGGCACAAAUUGGACAAAUAAUACAAGCCUCCAGAUAGCAACAGCCAGACUCAUGGCUUCCAAGCAGCAGCUCACAAAGCAAUGGGUGGUAUCUUGGUAGCUGCGUCCAUCUCUUCCAUAAAGUCUGUGGGUUUCUCCAAGUAAUUAAGUACUCACAAACAAAGCUGAUUUUUCAAUAGGCGAUAUAUGAGGUAGCCUGGAGAGCCAUCUGGCAAGUCAGAUUUACCCUGGCAGAUGUUAAUGCGAAAAUCUAACCCCUGUUAACUUCAUCGGCAUAAAAAUGAAGAGCUGAAAGCUGUUGUUAAAUAACUAACUAAAUAUAAGAAAUUAAAACAAUCUACUGUAUUUUUCUUUUUGUUUCAUCUUUCUCUAACAUUGUUUAUUAGUUUAACCCAUGUUCAUUUAUUUUAACGUCUGUAAUUGUUUUUUUUUUUACUUUGUACACUGAUGCAAAUACCAAGUCUUCUGUAAUGAUCUUUUAUUCUAGUAAAAAGGUAUUAGAAUGAAAAGAGAAUAUUUGUUGUUGCAUCUCACACUUAUUUCAUUUCUCAUUUUGUAUCAUUUUAGAUGAGCACAAGGAUCCCAUUAAAAUUCUGGAUAUGUUGUUUUAA